AACUAAUUAUAUGACCAGAUUCAGAUUAAUGUCAAACCUUUAGCCAUGCAAUCUAUUUUCUCUAUAUAAAUACUAAUACACUAUGACAAACUUAAUAUUAUUGUCUUAAGCAAUGGCUUCCAAAGAAGAGGGUAGCAGCAGCAGCAAGUCAACAACUAAUCCAGCACUAGAUCCGGAUCUGGACAACCCGGAUCAAUCGGGUCUGGAGUUUGCCCAGUUUGCAGCCGGCUGCUUCUGGGGAGUCGAAUUGGCUUUCCAGAGGGUUGGAGGAGUAGUGAAGACAGAGGUUGGGUACUCUCAGGGCAAUGUCCACGACCCGAAUUACAAGCUUAUUUGCUCCGGAACAACCCAACAUGCCGAGGUCAUUCGGAUCCAGUUUGACCCGAAUGUCUGCCCGUAUUCCAAUCUUCUUUCUCUAUUUUGGAGUCGCCAUGACCCCACCACUCUAAAUCGCCAGGGUAAUGAUGUGGGAGAGCAAUACCGCUCAGGAAUAUACUACUAUAAUGAUGCUCAGGCUCAACUGGCAAGGGAAUCAUUGGAAGCUAAGCAGAAGGAAUUUACGGAUAAGAAGAUUGUCACAGAAAUUCUUCCUGCUAAGAGAUUUUAUAGAGCUGAAGAGUAUCACCAGCAAUAUCUAGAGAAGGGUGGGGGCAGAGGUUGCAAGCAGUCGGCUGCAAAGGGCUGCAAUGAUCCAAUAAGGUGCUACGGUUGACAUAGCAAAUCUUUGUAUGUCAAAGCAACUACAAAAGAACUUGUUGGGCAUUUGUCUUGCUUGUUUUUAAAUUUAAAUAAACAUGUUAAUGAUUCUUGAUAUUUCUUAUAAGUACUUGCCUCUCUUGAAUGGAAUAACUAGUAGUCGUAAAGUUUUCUCCUCCUGCUCA